AUGAUAGAUUUCCCGCCACUCCCUUGUUCGACCCUUUUCUUCCAACUAUCUGAAACAUCCUCGUACCUCUUCUCCGACCCAUUUCCCUCAUCUCACGCCCUCCAUCUAUACCCGAAUAACUCACCGACCCCAGUUUUCUUUUUGUUUCCCGCCCUACGUCACCCACCCUCUUGCGAGACGAAAACCCCACUUCCUCCCUUGCUUGCCACCUCUUUCAAAGUCGUCGCUCUCAUCUGUCCAGCAUGUUUCACGCUUCGCUGGUCACGUGGGUGGAGGCUGUUAACGUCAUUGGCGUCACCAUCGUUGAUACUGACGUCUUUUUUUUCUUCUUUUUUCGACGUUGACAUUACUCUGUCUUUUAAGCGUCGCCCGGCGUUGUCCGGCUUUGUUUAUUUUACGCCGAUGUUGCUAUAUAAGAAACCAGGAAUGGACGCGUUUGGUGGUGAAAAUAGUUGUGUUUGCUUCGCAGCGAGGCUAACGGAUGGUCUUGAAUUUCCGUUUAAAAACGUUACUAUCUUUCUUUCAAUAAGCAUCAUUCUCUUUCUUUUUUUCUUUCUGUCAACUUCAGAUUCCUUUCUUUUUUGCUUUCUUUUUGUUAAUUCAGAAUCAUUUCUUCUUUCUUUCUUUCUUUCUUUUAACUUCAGAGUCCUUUCUUUCUUUCUCCAAUUGGCUUCAGUUUUAUUUCUUUUUAUUUUAUUGGCUUACUUUAAUUUUUCUUUAUUCUUUUCACGUCAAUUUUCUUUCUCUCUUUCAAUUUCGUUUCUUUCUUUUGCUUUCAUCCACUUAACUUCAAACUCCUUUACGACAGUUUCUUUCUGUCACUUCGCGUCAAUUUUAUUUCUUUUUCUUUCUUCAUAUACCGUCCAAUUUCUUUUUUUUUUCUUAUUUCUCUUUCAUCAAGUUCUUCCUCUUUUUUCCAAUGAAUUUAUUAAUUUCUCAUCAUUCUUCUUCAGGGUUUCCUAUUUAUUCAUUUGUUCUUCUUUGCGUUUUCCUCUACGCUCUUUUCUUUCUUUCAUUCUUUAUGCUUCUUUCUUUCACUUUUAUCUAACCCUUUCUUUUUCCUUCUAUUUUUUAAAUUUUUUUUCCUUUUAUCUAUCCAAUCAUCAUCUUUUAUUUCUUCUCUUUAUCUAUCCAAUCAUCAUCUUUUAUUUCUUCUCUUUUUAUCUAUCCCCUUUUCUUUCCAUCUUUUUCUUCUAUCUAUGCUCACUUUCUUUUUCUUCUAUUUAUCUAUCCUCUUACUUUCUUUUUCUUCUAUUUAUCUAUCCUUUUUCAUUUCUAUCUUUUAUUUCUAUUCUCUUUUCUUACUUUCCCUACUCUCUAUCGAGCGAUUAUUUCUUUUCCCUCUAUCUAUCCAUCCAUAAUCUUUUUUCUUUCUUUUAUCUAACAUUUUUCUGUCUUUUCCUUCUAUCUCUCCAUCUAUGUACUUUUCUUUCUUUCCCUACUAUUCUUUCCAUCUUCAUUUCUUUCUUCUAUCUAUCUUUCUAUCCUCUUUUCUUUAUUUCCCUUCUGUCAAUCUCUUAUUUCUAUCUUCUUUUCCUUCCAUCCAUCUAUGUAUCUAUCUAUCUUCUCCUCCUUCCAUCUAUCUAUGUAUGUAUCUAUCUUCUCUUUUUUCCUUCCAUCCAUCUAUGUAUCUAUCUAUCUUCUCUUUUUUCCUUCCAUCCAUCUAUGUAUCUUCUCUUUUUUCCUUCCAUCCAUCUAUGUAUCUAUCUAUCUUCUCUUUUUUCCUUCCAUCCAUCUAUGUAUCUAUCUAUCUUCUCUUUUUUCCUUCCAUCCAUCUAUGUAUCUAUCUAUCUUCUCUUUUUUCUUUCCAUCUAUCUUCUUUCCUCUCAUCUAUUUCUUUUUUCUUUUCUUUAUCUUAUUCCUUCAUUCAUUCUUGUUCCUUUCCUUCUUCCAUAUUUAAUCCUUCUCUUCUUUAUUUCGUUUCUUUCUUGUCUUGUUCUUUUUGUCCUUUUUUCUAAUUCUUUUUCCUUUUUUUUGUGUAUCCAUCCAUUAAUUUUUCUCUUUUCUCCUUUUUCUUCAUUCUCUCAUUUCUUGCUUCAUUAUUUUUUGUUCUCUCUUGCUUUUAUUCUUUACUUUCUUUUCUUGCCUCGAUUCUCAUUUUCUUUUUUUUCCUUCCUUCCACUUCUCUCUCUUACAUACUUUACCUCCUCGUUUUUUUUCUCUCUCUCUCUCUUAUCUAUAGAUUUUUCCUUCUCUCUUCAGCUGAUAUCAUUCUAUGCUUUUCUAUGUCCUUUUUCUUCUUCAUUUUCUUUUCAUCAUCUCUUUUACAGGCCAGCCAUCAAACCUCUCUCUCCUUAUUAA